AUGGCUCAAAAUGAAGGUGGUGGUGACAACAAAAAACCACAGUCUAAAGAUGCAAAACAAGAACAGCUACCAGUAGCACAUCCAGUGAAAGAACAAUUACCUGGUGUUCAAUAUUGCAUAAAUAGUCCUCCUCCUUGGCCUGAAGCGAUUUUGUUGGGGUUCCAGCAUUACAUUCUGACUCUUGGCAUGACUGUUUUGAUUCCAUCUAUAGUUGUACCUCAAAUGGGUGGAACCAAUGUAGAGAAGGCUAAGAUGAUUCAGAAUAUGCUAUUUGUUUCUGGACUAAGUACAUUUCUUCAAUCUUUGUUCGGAACACGAUUGCCAACUGUGGUUGUUGGUUCGUAUACUUAUAUGAUACCUAUUAUGUCUGUUGUACAAGCCAGCAGAUACAGUUCAUAUUCAGAUCCUUAUGAGAGGUUCACUAUGACAGUUAGGGGAAUACAAGGUGCCUUGAUUAUAUGUUCAUGUUUCCAAAUGGUUAUAGGGUUCUUGGGACUAUGGAGAAAUGCAGUCAGGUUCCUUAGCCCACUUUGUGUUGUUCCUUAUGUAACUUUCACUGGACUUGGUCUCUAUCAUCUUGGUUUCCCUAUGCUCGCAUCAUGUGUUGAAAUUGGACUUCCAGCUCUUAUUAUUAUGGUUUUCAUCUCUCAGUAUCUUCAUCAUUGUAUAAGCCCGAAGAAGUUUAAAUUUGACCGAUUUGCAGUGUUGUUUUCCAUUGCAAUUGCAUGGUUAUUAGCACAGCUUCUGACUUCAAGCACUAUGUAUAACAAGAAGCCAGAAAGCACACAAAAUAGUUGCCGCACUGAUCGGGCUGGUCUUAUUACCUCUGCUCCAUGGGUGUAUUUUCCUUACCCCUUCCAAUGGGGAAGUCCUACCUUCAACUAUGGGGAUACAUUCGCAAUGUUAGCAGCAUCUUUUGUUUCUCUUUUUGAGUCUACUGGUACAUUUUAUGCUGCGGCUAGAUAUGGAAGUGCAACGCCUGUGCCACCUUCUGUUAUCAGCCGCGGAGCUGGCUGGCUGGGAGUAGCUUCUUUGCUCAAUGGCAUGUUUGGUUCUUUAACCGGAAGCGCAGCAUCAGUGGAAAAUGCUGGAUUAUUGGCAUUGACAAGAGUGGGAAGCCGAAGAGUCAUCCAAAUAUCAGCCGGUUUUAUGAUUUUCUUCUCUGUAUUUGGAAAAUUUGGAGCAUUUUUUGCUUCUAUACCUUUGCCAAUCAUAGCAGCAUUAUACUGUGUAUUCUUCGGCUAUGUGUCUUCUGCCGGUCUUGGUUUUCUCCAAUUCUGCAACCUCAACAGUUUCAGAACCAAAUUUGUGUUAGGCUUCUCAUUCUUCCUCGGCGUCUCUAUACCGCAAUAUUUCAAAGAAUAUUAUCAAGUAAAACAUGAACAUGCAGGAUGGUUCAAUGAUGUAUUGAUUCUCAUAUUCGCAUCGCACACGAUGGUGGCUGCCUUGGUUGCUUUUAUUUUGGAUCUCACACUCGCACGGGAAGACAAUGCAGCCCACGACGACAGUGGUUUGAAAUGGUGGGAGAAAUUCAGUAUCUAUGGAUCUGAUGUUAGGAGCAAUGAAUUCUAUGGUUUACCAUGCAGACUCAAUGAGCUUUUUCCGGCCCUUUAA